AUGUCCCAAGCCAAGAUUUUGUCCCAAGCUCCAACUGAAUUGGAAUUGCAAGUUGCUCAAGCUUUCAUUGACUUGGAAAACAACUCUCCAGAAUUGAAGGCUGAUUUGAGAGCUUUGCAAUUCAAGUCCAUCAGAGAAAUCGAUGUCGCUGGUGGUAAGAAGGCCUUGGCUAUCUUCGUUCCAGUCCCAUCUUUGGCUGCCUACCACAAGGUCCAAAUCAAGUUGACCAGAGAAUUGGAAAAGAAGUUCCAAGACCGUCACGUCAUCUUCUUGGCUGAAAGAAGAAUCUUGCCAAAGCCAUCCAGAAAAUCCAGACAAACUCAAAAGAGACCAAGAUCCAGAACUUUGACUGCUGUCCACGACAAGAUCUUGGAAGACUUGGUUUUCCCAACUGAAAUUGUUGGUAAGAGAGUCAGAUACUUGGUUGGUGGUAACAAGAUCCAAAAGAUCUUGUUGAACUCCAAGGACGUCCAACACAUCGACAACAAGUUGGAAUCUUUCCAAGCCGUCUACAACAAGUUGACCGGUAAGCAAAUUGUCUUUGAAAUCCCAAGUGAAACCCACUAA